AUGAACCAGCUGUGCAAAGUAUGCGGCGAACCAGCGGCUGGUUUUCAUUUUGGAGCAUUUACAUGCGAGGGCUGCAAGUCCUUCUUCGGCCGCACAUACAACAACAUCCCAGCGAUUGCCGGCUGCAAGCACAACGGAGACUGUGUCAUCAACAAGAAGAAUCGAACUGCGUGCAAGGCUUGCCGGCUGCGCAAGUGCCUGCUGGUAGGCAUGUCCAAGAGCGGAUCACGCUAUGGCCGCCGCUCCAACUGGUUCAAGAUACACUGUUUGCUGCAGGAGCAACAGGGCGGUGGCGGGGGCGCCGGCACUGGCAGCUCCAGCGUGAGCAAUGCAAAUCUGGAUCAGCUGGCGCGGCUGCAGCAAGCGAGCAACCAGGCCCGGCAAACCUACCAGGACAAGACGAAUCCCUGCAUCAAAUCGGCUACGGCAGCAACCUCGCCCAGCAUAGCGCUGCAGACGUGCAGUGCAGUGGCGCCGGCUGCGGCAUCAACGCCAUCCCCCAGCCUGCCCGGAUUUCUGCAAGCAGCCAAGUAUCUGAACGAGCAGCAGCACCGCCAGCUGAAGCUCGAAUCCCGCCUCAGCAACACACCCAGCGAUUCCGGCGCCUCCUCGGCCGGUGAUCCCACGGACGAUGGCACAAGCGUGCUGAGCGCCACGACCAGCACAAUUAGGAAGGCGAUGCGACAGAGUAGCUCCGCCUAUGCGGGCAGCUCUGAGGCGGACAUUGCGGAGCAGCAGCAGCGGCGUCACAAGGAGCUGCUCGACAUCUUUCGCAGUCACUCGGAGCCGUUGUACAGCUCCUUCACACCGUUCACUCUGCCGCCAGCUCUGAUGGCCAGCAGUAUGCCGCCCUUGCCACUUUUCAAGGAGCAAUUUAAGUCGGAGCUGCUGUUCCCGUUUCCAGCUACCAGUCCGGCGGAGGAGGAGCCUAUUGAUUUAUCACUCCGAUCGCGAACGGAUGCUGUGAGUCCCGUGGUGAACAGUUCAGACAGUCCACUCAGUGAAUCAGCCAACCUGCCAUCCGCCUCAACCUCCACGUUUGCACGCAAGCCCACGCCCCUAGACCUGACCCUGGUACGUUCGCAGACGCUCACAGGUUAA